AUGCCACCAUCAACAUUGGGCUUCCGUGUGCUCGCGACCUUGUUGCACACAUACAAUUCAAUUCGUUACGGUAAAGACAGCAUGGAGGCUCUUUUUGGCCAGGCUAUGAAGGAUAGCGCGACACUGCGGAAAAGUGAGGUGCCGUGGAAGGAUGAUGAGCCUCAUGCGCAAUCUUACUACACAUUUGACUCGGAUGCUUCGGCUUGGGUCGCAAAGACUCCGUCGGAGGAGACGGCCGGAAAUGGCGGAAUUGACGACAUCGCGCUCUACAGCUGGAACAUCGAUUUCAUGCUUCCCUUUGCUGAAGCGCGAAUGAAACCAGCGCUGGCCUACCUUGGCAGCCUGGUAGGCUCCAACCCGACAAAUACGGCUCCCGUCAUCUUCCUCCAAGAGUGCACGCCCUCAGAUUUGGCCACCAUCGCCGCGACUCCAUGGAUCCGGGAGCGAUUCCAUCUUACAGACCUGGAUGCAACCAACUGGGCGACAAAUCAUUAUGGCACGGUCACGCUCAUUGACUCGCGUCUGCCCAUCACGGCCGCCUUCCGUGUGCAUUACUCCAAGACGCGCAUGGAUCGUGAUGCCUUCUUCGUGGAUGUGUCUGUCCAAGGCAAGACGGUCCGCCUGUGCAACACACACCUCGAGUCCAUGGUUUUUAACCCGCCCUUCCGUCCACCUCAAAUGCAGCUCGUAGCACGAUACUUACACGAGGAAAAGGUCCAUGCAGGCCUAGCUGCGGGAGACUUCAACGCAAUCCAGCCAUUUGACCGCACGCUGCACACGGACAACAGUCUCAAGGACGCAUUCCUGGAGCUGGGCGGAAAAGAGGAUACUGAUGAGGGUUACACCUGGGGUCAGCAGGCGGCGACAAAGCUAAGAGAAAAGUUUGGAUGCUCGAGAAUGGACAAGGUCUACUUCUGUGGUGGCGCCGACGUGGUCAAGUUUGAGAGGUUUGGUGAGGAUGUGUUGACCCAGGGAGAAGACGAAAGCAACCAAAUCGUGGCGCUUGGGUUUGAGAAGGCUUGGGUGACAGAUCAUCUCGGCAUCAAGGCAGAGGUCAAGAUUCUCGGGGAUAAGAGCACGAGCCGUCUCUAG